UACAUUCUACACUUUAUUCGACUCUAUCGAGGGCCGCUCGCUCGCUGAGCGGUGUCAAAUAAAUACGCCUCGAAAUAUACCUCCCGUCCGCUGCAGUGUCAUUUUAUACGAUGAAUUUCUGUGUGUUUUUCGUGUUGUUCGGUUAUUUGUUCGCGUGGAGUGCCGGCAUGCUGUACCGCCGGGACUCGGACAACCUGCUCAAACCGGAUUUGAUGGCUGUCUCGUCAACUGUGAUGCCUCUGCCCUACUACUCAGUGUACGGCGCCGAGAAGAAACUGUUGCAGGAGAAAAAUAAGAAUAGACCCCAGGGGAAAAUCUCCCUCAUCACUAAAGACCCCCAAUAAAAUAUUCACCGCGCACUCGCUACGAAUUCUGUCUACAGAGACUAAUGUGAGAUUGUUACUUAGUAGUUGUUCUAAAGUAUUAUUAUAAUAUAGAUUUUAUUUAAUUUUUAU